AAAAGUUAAUUUUAUUCUCAUUAGUAACCGUGCACUCUAGUUGUUCAAAUGGCAAAAAAUAUCUUGUAAUGGUGACAAUUUUGUGAUAGUAGUUAUAAGAUUUGUGUAGCAUAUUGAUAACGUUGCUGCAGCCAAACGACGAGAUGCAUCCUGCGGUUGUCGGUCAUCGGGUCACGAUUGACACCCUGAAUGCAGCCACCGGAGGAGCGGAUGUUGUCGAGGAUGAUGAUUCAGACAGCCCCGUCGAAGCAUUCGAGCAAAGUAUGUUAACCAUUAAAACCCCAACUAGGGCCAGUGUCCAAGUCCAAGACAUUUGGCAGCGUCCGUCCAGUCGUCCCCUGCCCACGGACGGGAGCGUGGAGCUUUGCUUUGAGAUUCCAUACGCCCGUGUUCUUCCACCAGCUGUCAGUGCCGAUGGUAGUGGAGGUGCCCCUUCCAGUGGGAAAAAGUACGUCGCGUACGAUGUCAGCGUCCGAAAGGACAGUGCCGAACCGGACCCCAAUCCGACCAGCAUCCAGCGGCGCUACACGCAUUUUCUCAAGCUCUACGACGGCCUUAGGAAGGAACAUUACCAGUUGUUGCAGGGUGUGCCCUUUCCGAAGAAGGUGUUGGUUGGCAACUUCAGCGGAGAACUGAUUGGAGAGCGGAGUGUGGCCUUUGAGAGCUUCCUUGAUUAUAUCGUUUCGGUGCCUUCACUGCGUGAUUCGGAGCAUUUUUUAGAAUUUUUACAAGGUGAUGAACUAAGAAAAGCUUGCCAACUGGUAGACGAGAGGCGUAACGAAUUUGCGGUGCCGAUUUUGGAGAACACAUUUCGGGUGCUAAACAAGAUCUUCCUGGAUAAGUCCAAGUGCGUUCUACUGCUAUUGUGUCGGUUGGUGGCAGCAUGCACGACGUCACCGAUUCCUCAUCCUCUGGCCGAGCAGUGGGCUGAGCUCGCACUCAGACGGUACGAGCACGUCUGCGAUACGGAUCUAUUGGUGCUUUAUAUUCCUCUCCUUCAAACCUGUUUGCAUUUAUGGUGGCAACGUGGCCGUGAUCGUAGCCUUCUGGAAGAACGUCUUGGUGAAAUGGGCAAAAAAGGCAUCAAGGUAAAGGGUGGACCUACGCUGACCCAAGCCCUCCACACUCUCGAUCCAAGGGCUGAAACAACGUAGAAAAUAAAACAUCACACGGAACUACAACAUCACAAACAAAUUCGAGUAAGUAUUUUAGUUUGCAUCAGUACAUCACAAGUGACAAGCAAUUAAUACCCUUUAGCAGUAGUAGUAGUCUAAUAUUUAAGUUUCAAAAUAAUGCAUCCCAACGAUUAAUUAUCGGUUUUAUUGUAUGUAUUGUGAUUUGAUUGAUACCAAAUUCUAUGAUA